GAACGACGCAGAUUGUUGCGGUAGAGGGAGAGAUUUUCCCCACUAUGGCAGAAAAGCCCGUCAGCAAGGAGCCCCGGGGAGGUGUAGCCGGCCUUUCGGCGCUCUGGCAGCAGCGCACCGAGGAACACGCUCACCAACAGACGAUCAACCCCUUCUCGGACUGGGAGGGCGCGUCGACCCGAGCGAAGCUCCACCGAGGAGACCAGGGGUACGGGAGGCCUGUCGAGGGGUCUAAGACAGAGGCAAGAGGCAAGGCAGCGCACACGCACAUCAGCGGGGAAGUCCUACAAGUCGUGGACGUUAUAAACGCUAUCGGCUGGCGGGACAGGGACGGGAGAAUGUGUGUGAAUUUUGGCCUGUUGUUCGAGGUGUACACCAAAAUCUCCAACAAGGUGGUGGGCGUUCUUGUACGAGCGAGAAAGUACGGAUUGUUGGAGUUUGAGGGAGAGAUGUUGUGGCAGGGGCGGGAUAACCACGUCUUGAUCACGGUGCUGUGAGAUGGCUGGCAUAGCGGGACCAGGGAGGGUCUGCGACGUAAACAAACCUUAUUUGUAACUCCCUGUGGUCGCGUGGGACCGUUAUGUGGAUAUGACCUGGAGUAACCCCUGCAAAGAGCCCUGGUUUGUUGCGUGUUGAUAUAACAAGGGUUAGGCGCAAUUUGUGAUAAAAAUAUGCACUGAGAGAAAAAUUCAUCGCUGAACAAUUAUAUAUUAUACAUAUACGUCGAGGGAAAACUUUAUUGCACAACAAUUGUGACAAGGUACAACGU